AGCUGGAGGACAACGGCAAGGAAAAUAAAGCAGCAUCUGCGCACACAAACGUGGCGGGAAGGCACCGGCGUUAACGCGAACGCACACGACCACGCACGCACGAUACCAGAAAAAGAGCCGAGUCGCCAUGGCUACGACGCGUCCGGGUCGGGCCCAAACAUACAAGCCGAUGAGGCGCUGCCGAAACAAGGAAAAGAGGAGAAAGAAACGGCACCCGCUGGCCGGCCCACUCGCGUCGCGUGCCCUGCAGCGGGAAAUAAGUUCAGUGUGUGUGCGCGCGCUGUCGGGUCGAAAGGAAGACUCUCCGUGAGGGCUCCGCGUCACGAGACGAUGUGUUUAAGAUGCUCGCUGUUCGUAGCGUGGAAAAAGUGAGCCGUGCUUCCGCGAUGUGCAUGUGCUACACCGACGUUCAGCGAAGCUGAAGUUCUGGCGCAUGGAGAAAAACGAGCACGAAGUUCUAGACAGAAGAUGAAGAACGUUCUUAUUUCUAAACCUGUCACGGUCACAUAAUUUUCUCCGCGCAGUUCCUUGGAAUCGGUUUCGAUGUUUGUUUUUUUUCUAAGUUCAUUCGCUUCUUUCGGCGGUGUGUGAUCGCAGCGUUAAAUAGGUCGAAAGACCACUGGCCGAAGCACUGACAUCGGAUGGUUUGCGAGAACAACUGAUGUGCGCCAAGAAUCAACACUUGCCGUCUGACUGAAGCUUUGCAGCGAGUGUCUACUUUUGCGACUGUUGCAGUUUUUUUUUCUUUCUUGUCUUCUGACAAUCCCGCGCUCCGUUUGUCAAAAUAUCUGCCAGCUCGAGAAAGAAGUCGACCUUACUGAACGCCCUUUCUCGGCUCCCCACUUCUCUACACGAGCUCUUCGCAUGCCUGGUGACGACCGUCCGUUGCGACAGCUCGACUAAUAGUGCGAACUGUGCCGUCAGCGCGAAUAUGGAGGCAAGGCUUACAGACAGGCUACCCAUGUUACCGGGUUACUCUUUGCCGAUUGUGAAGGACCGCUACCCGCUGAGCCACACGUUCGACUUCCGGAGCGGCCUGCCCAUGGCCCGGUCGCUGCCGACCACGUCGCUGCAGCCGCAGCUGUUCGAGACUCGGCAGUCGAGGCCGCCGUCCGAGCUCCUCGACGGCGCUGCGCUGGGGAGCGGUCGCACUUCCGAAGGGUCCCAGAGCAUCGAUGACGAUCCCUACAGGCACCGACGAAGGAGACCGACCACCUUCAAGAACUUCCUGCCAAAUUUCGCCAUCAACGACAAAAAGGUUUUGCACUUCCAAGGCUAUUUCCGGGAGGAAGUGGACAACUCUCCGCUGGAACAGUACCGCGUCCGGCCUGUGGACAUUUUCUACUUUCUUGAAGACGACAGCAUCUCGGUACGAGAACCCAAGCAGGAAAACAGUGGUCUCAGCCAGGGUUGCGUGUUGCGGAGGCAUCGCAUUCGCAAGUCGGACGGCCGCUGCUUCCACUGGAGCGACCUGAACGUGGGCAACGCCAUCUCUCUCUACGGCAUCACCUACAAGAUCGUCAACUGCGACAAGUUCACCAGGGACUACCUCCGUCAGCAGGGCGUCGAGGUUCGGCCGCCCGAGCCGCUGCCCGAGGACCCGUACACGGCCAGCCGGCGCAUCCUGUCGCAGCAGCAGCGCAAGCUGCACACCACCAAGAGCCAGCGGGACAAGCUGUGGCGCUUCCUGCGCUACGACCGCCACGUCCUGCGCUUCUUCUGCGUCGAGGACGGCAAAGGGGUCGUCGACCCGAGGCACCGAAAGAAGCUCGUGCUGCAGUACUUCUUGGUGGACGACACCCUAGACCUGAAAGAGAUGCACCGGCCUCUGGAACAACGGGAGCUGGCGCCGAUUCUGCUGGGACGCCAGAGGAUUCCCAAAGCGCAGGAAAGCAGGGGCUUGUUCCACAAGUACGAAACGGAACGCGACGGAGACGAGUACAUAGGUCCUGGGGACCUGCAGCCGGGGAGACGGCUGAACAUCUACGGGCGCAGCUUUCUCAUCUACGACUGCGACGACUUCACCAAGAACUUCUAUCGCGAGCACUUCGGAGUGGAAAACUUUGACGUCAUAGACGUUGACGUCAAGGAAGAAGAGAGGCCACAGCAGCCCGUUCCCCCGCACAACGGCUUCGGCUCCCCCGAGGACACCUUGCAGUCGGUGCUAAGGAUAACUCCCCGGAGGGCGCGAAGAGACAGCCGCCUGAUCCUGGAGAAGGAGGGCAUCGUCCUGCGGUUCCAGGCGACUCUCGACAGCACGCUUCCCCUGGACAGGGAACGCAGCUUCGUGAUCUGCUUCUACCCCUCGGACGACACGGUGUCCAUCCUGGAGAGGCCGCUGCCCAACUCCGGCGUUCCGGCCGGAAAGUUCCUGCGUCGCAUGAGGCUCCGGAAACCGGCUCCACUCGACGGGCUCCCGCCGCAUCCGCCAGCGGCCGAGCCGCGCUACUACGAGAUCUCGGACUUCCGAGUGGGCAACGUGAUCGAGGCCGUCGGCAGACGCUUCAUCAUCGUCCGCGCCGACCAGUUCGCGGCCAACUACAUCAAGCGCCACCAUAUGGAAACGUUCGCGAACGGGCGGAUUCAGAGCACCUCUGCAAACGGAGAUCACCAGGUCAAUGGUCAGCUUCUAACAGACCCACAGGUAAGGAACAGGGCUGAAAGAUCAGUGAGCAUUCGCGAGAGUACACAUGCCGGUGGCACAUGAUGCUAAUUGGUUAAACAGUUUACUCACUAAGUUAAGUUUUCAGCACUGAAUGUAACGCUACCAUCGUUCCGUGUUUUGACUUCUCUUUGGUGAUACCAACAUUCUGACCCUCUCUAUAGCUAUAAGCGUCCAUCCUACAUCAUUCGAGCUUCCGUCAACAUGUAAAGAAAUAAAUCUAUCGUAUUUGUGGCAGUCUAACCACGACUUCAUUGACAUCUGGAUGGAUACUAUGAGACCACGAUUGACUUCUCGAGGUUAUCAGUACCCCAACGCAACACUACGAGAGACGCCGAAGCGAAGGCCUCCGGAUUAAUUUUGGUCACACUGUCAUCAAAUGAAAUUUACGGCGCAAACUAGAUAAGGUACUCGAUAAUAAACUGCCUUCUUUUUUUCUGGGCAACUCUCUGCGCAUGCUAUUUGAUUCGUCUGCCAAGCUUGAUCGCCUAGCAUUUCUCUUUUUUUUUUUGGUUAUUCUGUGUUAGCACGUUUGUUGGGGCCACGUACGUGACUUACCUGUGCUUAAAAAAUCGCCCUCUCGUUCUGAAUAAGAUCACCACUUGGAAAUUGGCUGCAGUCUUGUGUUCUAUGCGCUCGUCUAGUUCGCGCCGUAUUUUUUUUUUUUUUAAUAUGAACCGUUAACUCAAACCAAGAUGCUGCUUCCACCACACGGGUUUCUUCAACGUGCACCUACAACGAGGCAUACAAGAGCGUUCUUUAUUUUUUUUUUCAUUACGCAUCCGGCGGAAUGCGGCGGAGAAUCGAAUCCAUGACCUCUUACUCAUCAGGAAAACGCCAUAUCGCGUGAACCAACGCGGCGUGCGAUUGCCUAUCACGGCGUCCGUAUUCUGACGAGAGUGGUAUGUAAAAAGCGCUCGUGUAGCCUACUUAUAAUUAGGAGUACUUUAAAGAAACCCAGCUGGUCAAAGUUAAUCCGGAAUCUUUCACAGAGCGCGGCGUCUAAUUAUAAGCUCGUGUAUUGCUAUGACACGUUGUGUAACACCAUAAUUUGAUUUGACAUACUAACAAUUAUAACUACACCUCAGUGUCCUUUCUUUACAGGGAGAAGAUUCCACGCCUUCUUGAGGAAUAGCCCAUGGUGAAAAAGAAACGUUAGAUCAAGAAGCGUGAAAAAAGAAAA